CGCUGAGGACUGGCGCUGAGGAGGCGGCGGUGGCUCCCGGGGCGUUUGAGCGGGCUCACCCGAGCCCGCGGGCCAACACGGAUCCCGGCCCAACAGGCGGGACCGCCCCGGACUCCCCGCGGGCCUUCCUAGCCGCCAUGGAGGACGGUGUCUAUGAACCCCCAGACCUGACUCCGGAGGAGCGUAUGGAGCUGGAGAACAUCCGGAGGCGGAAGCAGGAGCUGCUAGGGGAGAUUCAGCGCCUCCGGGAGGAGCUGAGCGAGGCCAUGAGCGAGGUCGAGGGGCUGGAGGCCAAUGAGGGCAGUAAGACCUUGCAGCGGAACCGGAAGAUGGCGAUGGGUAGGAAGAAGUUCAACAUGGACCCCAAGAAGGGCAUCCAGUUCUUGGUGGAGAAUGAACUACUACAGAACACGCCCGAGGAGAUCGCCCGCUUCCUGUACAAGGGGGAGGGGCUGAACAAGACGGCCAUUGGGGACUACCUGGGGGAGAGGGAAGAGCUGAACCUGGCGGUGCUCCACGCCUUCGUGGAUCUGCAUGAGUUCACCGACCUCAACCUGGUGCAGGCGCUCAGGCAAUUCCUGUGGAGCUUCCGCCUCCCUGGAGAGGCCCAGAAGAUCGACCGGAUGAUGGAGGCCUUCGCCCAGCGGUACUGCCUGUGCAACCCUGGGGUUUUCCAGUCCACAGACACGUGCUACGUGCUGUCCUUUGCCGUAAUCAUGCUGAACACUAGUCUCCACAACCCCAACGUGCGCGACAAGCCGGGCCUGGAGCGCUUCGUGGCCAUGAACCGGGGCAUCAACGAGGGCGGGGACCUGCCUGAGGAGCUGCUCAGGAACCUCUACGAUAGCAUCCGCAACGAGCCCUUCAAGAUCCCCGAAGACGACGGCAACGACCUGACCCACACCUUCUUCAACCCGGACCGCGAGGGCUGGCUCCUCAAGCUGGGAGGGGGCCGGGUGAAGACGUGGAAGCGGCGCUGGUUCAUCCUCACUGACAACUGUCUAUACUACUUUGAGUACACUACGGACAAGGAGCCCCGUGGAAUCAUCCCCCUGGAGAACCUGAGCAUCCGCGAGGUGGACGAUCCCCGGAAACCCAACUGCUUUGAACUUUAUAUCCCCAACAACAAGGGGCAGCUCAUUAAAGCCUGCAAAACUGAGGCCGACGGUCGGGUGGUCGAGGGCAACCACAUGGUGUACCGUAUCUCGGCCCCCACACAGGAGGAGAAGGACGAGUGGAUCAAGUCCAUCCAGGCGGCUGUGAGUGUGGACCCCUUCUACGAGAUGCUGGCGGCGCGGAAAAAGCGCAUUUCCGUCAAGAAGAAGCAGGAGCAGCCCUGA